AUGAAGCUCGUGCGGCUCGUUUGGGAGCCGCAUGCCGUCCCUCUCUCGCCGGCGCUGCUCACCACGCCCAAGCCUACGCCGAGGAACCCGUCGCGCCCGUCGCUCACGAGCUGGUGGCUCGCAUCGACCGAGCCGUCCAGCUUUCUCACGCCCUGCCCACGAUCAAAUUCGAGACGACCAACAUCCGACCACAAAAAAGGCCCGCGCGUGCUGCGCGGGCCGGCGAGCGACUAG